UUAGAAUUUUCAGCUCAUUUCAAGUUUUUCUUCUGUGACGUUCGUGUCUGUUUUUGAGUGCAGCUAUGUUCCGCUUGUUGGUGAUUGCGGCCUGCCUGGCCAUCAGUGUGAAUGCCUACCGCGAUGGUGCUCCAGCGACCGCUUGCGGAGAUCUGACGCCCCAGCAUGGCGCCAAGCCGCAGUCGACCAAGUCUCCCUACAGCCUGUCCGGAUUGUCCCACGUUCGCUCGGACCAGAAGUUGACUCUUUCCCUGGGCGGUGACGAGUUCCUGGGCUUCAUCAUCCAGGCACGCGAUGGCCAGAACCGCGUUGUCGGCCAAUUCAACGUGCUGGAUGCCAAGAACUCGCAAACUUUGGACUGCUCCGGAAAAGCCAACACCCUCACCCAUCUGAACGCCAACAAGGGCAGCCCGUUGACCAGCCUUCAGUUCGAGUGGAUCCCGCCAGCAGGAUACAAGGGCAAUGUUAAGUUCAUGGCCACCGUCGUCCAGACCGGAUUCGUCUACUGGGUGGGGCGCGUCACCAAGGACGUCAAUGUGGAGUAGAAGGAUGUUAUCCCAGUGCUUGUGAUACGAAUGUUUAUGUUCAUGAUUUGUCUAAAAUUCUAAAAGUCUAUGUGUACCGUUAGUGUUCCGAUUAGCUUUGGAACGUAGUAUUUUUGGAAAUAAAGUUUAGAGAAGUUAAUUAAAGAAAAAA